UGCACAGAUUUGAAACCGAUCCAAGGAUUUUCGAUACCGUCGUUCGUGGAUUUAUAUCAAGCAAGAUGACUGUCGAUUUCAACGAUUAUUUUUGGGGAGACAAAAACAGUGGCUAUGAGGUGCUGUACCAAAACAUGAAGUAUGGCCUGUCGGCCACUAAGGAACUUGCAGACUACUUUCGCGAGCGCUCGAACCUGGAGGAGUACAAUUCGAAGCUGUUGACGAAGCUUGCUAACAAGGCGGGCUCAAGUGGUGGCGGUACAUUUUCGCCACUCUGGAUCAUCCUAAAAUCCACCACCGAACGCCUGUCCGAGUUGCACGCCCAGAAGGUGCAGAAGCUUACGGAACUGGUCAAAAACGUCACCAAAUACGCCGAAGAUCUACACAAAAAGCAUAAAGCGGUGAAGGAUGAAGAGUCGGGUACACAAGACGCCGUACAGGCGAUGAAGGAAUCGACCAAUGCUGUCGCGAAGGCAAAGGACGUCCAUAACACACGGCUGCAGGAGGUGGAAAAGGCGCGCAAGGAGAGUUCUACCAAAGAGAUAGAGAAGUCGGAAGCGAAGCUGCGCAAGCACCAGGAUGACUACAAGGCUUUGGUGGAGAAGCAUAACACGAUCAAGCAAGAGUUUGAGAAAAAAAUGACAAUAACCUGCCGGCGUUUUCAAGAAAUGGAAGAAGCUCAUCUAAAGCAAAUGAAAGAGUUCCUGUGCUCAUACAUGGAUAUUGCGCAGAAUAAUUUCGACCUAGUUGGACAGGUCCAUUCGGAUUUGAAACGUCAAUUCCUAGAGCUAACGGUAGAUAAGCUUUUGGAGCAGUUUGUUCUCAAUAAGUACACUGGUUUGGAAAAACCGGAGUUGAUUGAGCUUGAUUUUGAAAGCGGCGCUGGUGGAGCCAGUGCUACCAGCAACAGCCAUCAGUUGCUAGUAAACACCUCGACCGGGCCUAGUAGUAGCUCUCCCGCGCCGUCGUCCUCCGUUGGCGGUGGGCUGCUCGAAUCGCCAACUCUGUCGGCCAACAGUGCCACACAGCCGAUCGCUAUCGCAGGUCCACCGAUGAAAAAGGAAAGCCACAUUCGAUCGUGGUUCAGCUCGAGUUCGACGGCAGCUGUGCCGACUAACUCACCGGUUAAUCUGUCCACCUCACCCACGGCAAUCUCUGUAGGUGGUGGUCUCCGUUACGACGGAUUAGGUGGCAGCGACGGGCAACAGCAUCAACAACAACCGCAGCUGCCAAUGUCUUUGCACCAUCCGCAGCGGGCCAUGUCUCCAAUACCGACCGGAAGCGGCGGGGCGCAACUAAACGACAGUACAACGACCACGGUGAAUGUAUCCGGAUCCGCACAAAGUACGAGCAAGCAAACAAGUAAAUCGUUCUACGGCGAUCUGUUUUCCUUCAAGCAUAGCAAUCCCUCCGCUAACCACCAUCAGCAACAAGAAUCUUUACAGCAACAGCAGCAACAUCAGCAGCAACAACAACAGCAACAACAACAGCAACAACAACAACAAAAAUCUUCCCGUCGCACUACUUCCCUUCUAAACCUCUUCAUGUCUAACUCGCAGGGAAGUCGUGAUAGCCGCGACAGUCGAGACUCGACCGCGAGUGGUACGGGUGGCGGUGGUAUAACGGGUGCCGGAGGUACUGGCGGUGGAGCCAGAAAUUCCUUGUCUUCCACCGGAGGCACUGUUUCCGCCCCGACCAGCCCGAACGAUCUGGAGACCGGCAGCAGCGGAGGAACUAUCGACCAGCAUCAUCAACAGCAGCAGCAGCUAGCGUCUUCGAACACGGCCAGUUCGUUUAUGGGGCGGAAUGCUUUACUGCGAGGCUCGAAAUUUUCUGGAUUCCUGCGUAGCCGUCGAGAGAAGGCCAAGUCGAAGAAAGCCAAAAAGAAGAAGGACUCAACGGAAAAUUCCGGUGCCAAAGAGGACAAUAUUUUGGACGGUGACAGUAAAGCUGAAACGGGAACUACGGAUGCAACGAAUUUGCAAACAACUUCCGCGAUCAGUGCAUCGAACGUAGCUCCAACGGCCACCCCCGAGGUCGAUGAGGACGGUUACAGUAUACAACCACGAGAAACGACGUGGGACAGUGCCACUAUCACCGAGAAAAGCAAUAACUUCUAUUCCAGUUCGGACAGUGACAGCGAAGACGAGCGAGAGGAACGCAAAAUACACGUCGAAAUUAAGCCGCUUAAUAACGGGGCAGCACCAAUCUCGGCCAGUGUCGACGAGUUGAGAGCAACGGUUGAAAACCUUUCGCUUUCACCCAUCGGUAUUCUGACAUCGCAACAGCAGCAUCACCAACAACACCAAUUACAUCAACAACAGCAGCAGCAACAACAACAGCAACAGCAGCAGCAGCAACACGCGCUGCACCAUCAACCGUCGAUCGGAAAUGCUUCGCUGCUGAACAACAAUGCGGCGCAUCUAACUAGUCCGAAUGCAUCGAAUGCCUCAACCCCAACCACUGUGCACCCGUACGCGCCGCUUCAAAGUCCAACCUUGUCGAUGUCUACUAGUUCCAACAAUCGAUAUGCCGAUCUGGGAGACAUUUUCUCCGAGGUCGGCGACAUCAGUGUUUCGGCGCCCGCUUCAGCAAAUCUAACCAAGCUGUCGCAGCGCCAGAUUCCGACGCCGACCUCAACGGGUGGUAGUAGUAUCGCCAUUCCGAGGCCACCGUCCAGAAGAUCUGAAGCAGCGGUUGCUCGCGACCGUGUUAGUCCUGCCUCACAAAUUGCCCGUGCCGACAGUGUCGGUAGCUUGGAGUUUCGUAGCCCAAGCGUCGGUAUCGGUUCGUCCCGCGGUCCGUCUCCACUGACGAUUGGAAUGUCGGAUACGAUUCCAUUAGCAGUUGCAUUCCACGAAAUCAUCCAUGCGUAUUUCAAGGGUGCUGACGAGUCUCGUUGCCAGGUGAAAAUGUCGGGCGACAUGAUGAUAUCCUUCCCGGCCGGUAUCGUCAACGUUCUGACCAACAACCCGAACCCGGCCAAGCUGGGCUUCCGUAUCAAAAACCUACAGAAUCUCGACAACGUGCUGCCGAACAAGCAGCUCAUCUCGAUCGACCGGCUGCAGUCAACCAGCUUUAGCACCACACUCGAGUUCAACAUGCCAGUAUUGACGGCGAUCUUGCGGCGCCAGUCGGAGCAGAACCCGACCGCACCACACAUCAACGUCGACAUCUUAAAGUAUCAGAUAAAGGCAAAACCGGGCGCCUCUUCCUGCCCGUUCCAGCUCGUCUCAUAUUGGAAGUGUGAACAGCGGCACACGGACAUCAAAAUCGACUAUAAGUACAACAGCCACGCAAUGGCGCAAGCGUCACCACUGCUGAACGUGUCCAUAUCCGUGCCGGUUGAUGGUGGUGUCAAAAAUGUACAAUCGAAACCACACUCCGCCUGGCAAGGCGAGUCGAAUCGAUUGGUGUGGAACUUUACGGACGUAUCACAACACUCCGAGAGUGGUGGUGUAGAUACGCUGCGGGCGCGGCUCGAGGUAAGUUCGGGGCCGUCAACACCGGCCAUCAUUUCGUCACAGUUCAACUGCGAGGGUACAACACUGUCCGGAAUUGAGUUCGAGCUUGCUGGCACCGGCUAUCGGCUAUCGUUAGUCAAGCGUCGUUUUGUGUCAGGAAAGUAUAUCUGCGAAGGCGACGGCAUUCGGACGGCGAAAACUCCUACCCCACCGAAUGUGUCCGGCGUCAUGUCUCCAAUACCUUUCAGUACGAGUAAAUCGGGCAACACUCCGUCUGGCGGUACAACCGGAUAGUAUCGGUUUUUGUAUUAUUAAACCAAACGCAAGAUCGUUCGAUCGGCGUCAUUUAUGGGUCAGCAGCUUUGUUGGCAGAGGGGAAGGACGUUUAUUUUCCUUUUCCGGUGACCCGCGUAUUGCACAGAACGGAAGUUACCAUUCUUUUUCAAUGUCCGGCAUCAUUGGGCGUGAAUUGCACCGGAAAACAGGGGAACGAAUAGGUGGUUUAGUUAUUUAGUUCUCAAUACUAGGCUAGACUAACAAGUGAACUAAUUACGGAAUAGUCCAAGGAAAGACACGGAAUAUAUGUGUACACAGAAAUGAAACAGAAGACAAGAUUCAAAAAUUAGAUUUUGAGAUGGUUGUUGACAUCCGUUUGAAGUAUAUAUGGCCGGUUCUCUGGCAAGGGAGUAGUGUAUAACCAUUAUUAUGCUUUAUUGUAUAAGGUGCCUUCCGUUGCGGCUUACCGUCGCUAGUCCGCGUAGUACUUUCUGGAAGCCCUGUGACUUGUUUACAACAAUUAAGUGAAACGAACGUCACUUGACUUUUAAUUGCAAGUUGUAGUUAUUAUCUCUUUUCCAAUACUUCGUACGUGUCGUGUAUGCUUUAAAUAAUAUUAAAUUGCAUCAAUCGUAGGCAUUUGUGUGCAGCAAACGCAUCACAAAUUGCGCCUUUUGUUUUUUUAUUAAUUAAAUGUAUAAUACUUUAACGGAAAAAAUCAAAUACAAAGUAGGGCUACAAUUGGUAAAGCGAUAGCACGAAACGGAGAACUCAAAGAAGGCUUACCAGAAUGCUCAUGCACCCGUUUUUCCGUUACAGUACUAUAGCACGCUAGUUCAAAUACUCAUAUUUUGUCCUUUACCAGGGAACAAAGUUUCCUUCCCAAUCAGCUGACAGGGUUUUUGUUUUUGUUAUACUUGAUGCAGUUGAAUUUAAGCUCCUUGCCGUUAAGGGAGCGCAGUUUGUGUACUCGGUGUGUAACCAAUGUAAAACGACCUGUGUAGAAACCUUAGGCAUAAUCCUCUGUAACCGCUUGUGGCCUCGGGAUGUGUGAACUGUGGUGACUUACCUCUCAUUUUCCGCAAUCCCGAAAACGUCUGCGUUGAGGAACGGAGAAAAAGAGAUUGAGAAUCUUUAGGUAUGGACUAGCAGUAAAAUUAGAUAAAAGUGCAGAGUAACGCUUCAUUGAGGGCGCGCGAUAGCUGCAGCAUCAGAGCAGGCGUGAAGAAAGACUCCAUCAAACCUUGUGUAAUAUGUAUAGGUUAGGGAAGACGUUUUCUUUUCCGUAUUAUACCUAUACAUCAAAACGAAAAGCAUUUCCAGAUAGGAACAGGAAACGUAACAUUCAUUCUCAAGUAUCAAUCUAUUAAUGAUGCGCACGUGCAGUGGGGACGAAAAUGGAAUAAAAAAAAUCUAGAUUAAUAGUGAAGGUAAAUAAAUUAUGAAAUGAAACAAAAGUUCGAAGAGAAUUAGAAAAGGGGAAAGAAAUAUUUAGGCCAGAAUUGAAGAAACAUCACAGAUUAAGUGCAUUCCGUUGCCGACUUCCGGAUGUGAAUAUUGCAAAGAUUCCACAAAAUUAGCGUAAUUCUCUCUUGCUGUUCCUUAAAAAUGGCCGAAACCUUUUCUGGCAUCGGUACAAAGUUGGUGUGUUUGAUUUACCAACAGGUUUGUGUUGACUUUCGGAUCAAGUUGUCCUUGCUUCAAAGUUCCGCCCAUUGCAAUGGCCUCCUCUUUCCCCUUUUUUCGUGUAAACACUUAAGUCGUCAGAUAGGAAACGCGUAGGGUUUUGUCAA